AUGCUGCUCCCCACGUUGAUUGACCUCCGGCGACCGGAAGGCAAAGACCUCGACCCAGAAGACAUCUUCGGUUCCUCACUUGGCGGCGUCUUCACCGACGACCUGCAGAACCAACACGGCGAUGACCCAGACACUGUCAUCGUAUACAAGAACGCGCGACACGGCAAUCUCGAGUUCAGAACUGCGGAAAUAAAUGGCGAGGAGGAGAGACGGAAGAUGGCGCACUACCUGUGGAAUGCUGGUGUGCUGAUGGCUGAGCUGGUAGGCGGGAGGCCAGAGGAGGGGCCGGCUACGCCGAUAGCUGUUUUUGGAAACGAGGGACGGAAGAACGGCGAGUGGUGGAUGAGUAAGGAGGAAGAGAUAUUAUGGAACGUGGAGGGCGAGAGUGUGAUUGAGCUUGGUGCAGGGGUAGGGCUGGGCGGUGUUAUGAGUGCACUCGCUGGCGCCAGAGAAGUUACUAUUACCGACUACCCAGCUCCACCGAUCCUCGAGGCCGCCAAGACCAACGUCACGAAGAACCUCAAUGAACCCUUCCAGUCUCGAGUUACCGUCGAAGGCCACCUUUGGGGAGACGUCUCCUCCGACUUCGCUCGUACGAAUGCACACAAAUAUACACGCGUCCUGGCAGCAGAUUGUCUAUGGAUGCUCGGAGAGCACGAGAAUCUGGCAAAGUCGAUGCUCCACUUCCUCGCAGAUGUCCCAGAUGCCAGGGUUCUGUGUAUAGCCGGGUUCCAUACGGGCCGGGCGAAGCUUGUACCAUUUUUUGAGGAGGUGGUUCCUCAGCAGGGGCUCGAGGUGGAAGAGAUGUACGAGAUGGACGCAGACGGCGUGCGGCGGCCCUGGGCGAAGGAGCGAGACGGAGGGAGAGAGAACAUCGGCGAGCGGAAGAAGUGGCUGGUGGUGUCAAGGAUACGGCGGCGGGCCGUCUAG